ACAAGCAGGACAGGAGAUAAGGCCUGGGAAUGCCCGGGGAAGGAGCAUGGAGCCUGCUGAAGCAAGUUCUUCAGGAGCAGUUGCCUCACUUCCUCUACCUCUACCACCCCCAGCCGCUGAGCACAAAUGGCAUCCCAAGUGCCUCUUCUACUGCUUUCAACAGAUCACGAACUAGAGCUCGCUAUCGGACCAAAGCCAUGUACUCUGAGGUGGACGAGAGCCUCUUUGGAGGUGUCAAGCCCCCAGCGUCGGGCCAGAGUGACAGCCCCAUUGUGCUGCUGCAGGACAAGCACACCAUCCGGAAGACUCUCUCUGCCCUGGGCCUGGACCAUAAGCCAGAGACCAUCCAGCUCAUCACCAGGGACAUGGUGCGAGAGCUCAUUGUUCCCACAGAAGACCCCUCCGGGGAAUCCCUAAUCAUCAGCUCUGAGGAGUUUGAGCGGAUCAAAAGGGCAUCCCAUGUUCUGACCAGGGAAGAGCUGGAGGCCCACGAGCAGGCCUUCAAGAAGGAGAAGGAAGCCAUUGUGGAUGCGGUGACCAUACGCAAGAAGAUCAUGAAACAGAAGGAAAUGGCUCGCAAGAACAACAAGAAGCUCACAGACCUGGAGGAGGAAGCCAAGGAGCGGGCCCAGAACCUCUUGCAGAGAGCCAGCAAGCUGCGUAUGGAGCAGGAGGAAGAGCUCAAGGACGUCAACAAGAUUAUCCUCAAUGCCAAGUGCCAUGCCAUCCGGGAUGCCCAGAUCCUGGAGAAGCAGCAGAUACAAAAAGAGCUAGAUGCAGAGGAGAAGCGGCUGGAUCAGAUGAUGGAAGUGGAGCGGCAGAAAUCCAUCCAAAGGCAGGAGGAACUGGACAGGAGGAGGAGGGAGGAAAGAAUACGAGGAAGACGACACAUUGUGGAACAGAUGGAAAAGAACCAGGAGGAGCGCUCGCUCCUUGCGGAGCAGCGGGAGCAGGAGAAGGAGCAGCUGCUGGAGUACAUGGAGCAGCUCCACGAGGAGGAUCUGCGGGACCUGCAGCAGAGACAUCAGGAAAAGCUGAAGAUGCAGGCUGAGAUUAAGCGCAUCAAUGACGAAAACCAGAGGCAGAAAGCACAGCUGCUGGCUCAGGAGAAGCUGGCCGACCAGAUGGUGAUGGAAUUCACCAAGAAGAAGAUGGCUCGAGAAGCAGAGUUUGAGGCUGAGCAGGAGAGAAUCCGGAGAGAGAAAGAGAAGGAGAUUGCGCGCCUGAGGGCCAUGCAGGAAAAGGCCCAGGACUACCAGGCAGAACAGGAUGCCUUGCGGGCCAGGCGCAACCAAGAGGUUGCAGACCGAGAAUGGCGCAGAAAGGAAAAGGAAAAUGCACAAAAGAAGAUGGAAACUGAGGCUAAGCUGCGAAAAAGUCGACUGGAACAGGUGGCGUUCAAGGAGCACACUCUGGCUGUUCAGGUGCAACGGGACCGGGAUGAGUUUGAACGGAUUCUCCGGGCUCAGCGAGAGCAGAUUGAGAAGGAGCGGCUAGAGGAGGAGAAAAAGGCCACGGGGCGCUUGCAGCACGCCAAUGAGCUCCGGCGCCAGGUGCGUGAGAACCAGCAGAAGCAGGUGCAGAACCGGAUUGCCACCUUCGAGGAGGGCCGGCGCCUCCAAGAGGAGGCCCAGAAGCGGCAGGAGCGCAUUAAGGACAUUAAGAAGAAGAAACUCGAAGAGCUGAGAGCCUCCGGCCUUCCUGAGAAGUACUGCAUUGAAGCAGAGCGCAAAGUGAACAUCUGGCCAACAGCUCCGAACUGAACAGGGAGCCUUCAGGACCUUGGCAUACCUUCAGGGGACAGCUUCUGCCCAGUCUGUGGGUUUCAAUAAUUGUUGCUAACCUAAACAUUUCACAUUUAGAGAUUAAAUCUAUUCUACUU